AUAAUUUGGUUAUAGUGGAUCAGAGUAAAAACAUUUUCUCAUGGCGCGUAUGCUUUUCACCGCUGUGUUUUUUAGAAUGUUUGAUAGUCUCUUCUUACCAUAAAAAGACAUUUUUAUGAAAAACACGUGAAACGUGAAAGCAUUUGAUGCAUCGACAUGCAGCCCUUCAAGACAUUAAUAUAUAUUGUAUUAUAUUUGUGUGCACUUUACUGUUACGUUUAUUGCGACGAGACGAAUACAUUCAAUGAUGUCACGCCGUCUACAGACGAGCUUCAAAAUAUACAUUCUUUUUUUUAUUUGUCUGAAGAUGAUUUCUCUAGUCCAGCAGUGCAAACAAAAAAGAAUGGUCAAUCUGCAAUGGUACAAUCAUAUAGUUGUAAAGAAUUGGAUGAACAAAAUAUUCAGGGGGCAAUCUUUUAUAAACGUUUGAUUGCCGUAUUAUUAUCAAAUUUUGCUAUACAGAGGGUUAAUGAUAAAUUAAUUGGAACACUCAAUAUGGAAGCAUCCUUUUCACAAUUUGAAUAUCUCCAGAAUUUUGUAGAUGGCCAAGGAUCUAUAAGAGAAGUAGAUAGAAUUCUUGACAAUGUGAUAAAACAAUCUGAUUAUACCACAUCUCAUUAUAUGACAGAAAUGUCUUAUUAUUUAAAUUUAUUAUCAGAGCAUAUGAUGAAUUGUUUGUUAAUCAUGAAAGAACAUUGGGACAUAACUAUAAUUUCCUUGAUAGUCAUAUCUAGUUUUAUGGUCUUAAGAAGACAAAAGUGGUCCCGAAGUUUAAUUAUCUUUUUAUUGAUUGAUGUUAUAUUUCUAAUUAGUUUUUUCAUAACCUGGUGGCGACUUAUACAGGAAGCAGAAAUUAAAUUAAUGGCUGCACAAGCGCAGUUUGCAGAAAUGCCAAUUGCUUGUCAGCCCCAUAAAAUGGGCCUCUGGGACAAAAUGGUUACAUCAUUAUUCUCUACAAAUGAUUGUGAAAAAUACUAUGAAUCAAUUAUGACCAAUCCUAGAUUGCAAGUGACACCGGCAUAUGCAUUGACAUACUUUCUCAGUACAGUCAUUUUUCAACCAUUAUCAUAUUUUGGACUUGUUAUAUCUGAAUUUAUAGAUAAUGCUACUAAUAAACUAAACUUUUUUUACAAAAUUCCCAUCAUAACUGCCCUUUUCUUAACUAUCUGCAUAUGCAUAAUAUUAUUUCCACUUUUCUUGCUUGGUGGAUCUAUUAAAUUUGGUAUUGGACCAUUCUUCAAAUUCGGAAUAAAGGGUAAUAAAAACUCCGAUAAAAGACAAGAGCGCAUUGAUCGAAUUUACGAGGAUACUUCGUUCACGAAACGAUUGAAAGAUUCAGAAAUGAUGAAGCAAAUUUCAUUAAGGCAGCAAGAUAAAGACCCUGCUGGAGGCGAUGCUAGCAUUGACGUACAUCAUUUAAGUGAGAAACAUAUAAAGUGCAAAUGUGAAAAUAAAAAUGCAGAUGAAAGUAUGGAAUGCGAAGAAAGAGAGAAAGAUAAUGAUUGUUAACAAUGUCUUUCUCACAUUACCAUAUGCAUAGUAUUGUUACAGUGAUUUAAUAUAUUGAUUAUUUAA